AUGGGGGAGUGGGCGUUCCUAGGCUCCCUGCUGGACGCGGUGCAGCUGCAGUCGCCACUCGUGGGUCGCCUCUGGCUGGUGAUCAUGCUCAUCUUCCGCAUCCUGGUGCUGGCCACGGUGGGAGGUGCCGUGUUCGAGGACGAGCAGGAGGAGUUCGUGUGUAAUACGCUACAGCCCGGCUGUCGCCAGACUUGCUACGAUCGCGCCUUCCCGGUGUCCCACUACCGCUUCUGGCUCUUCCACAUCCUACUGCUGUCGGCGCCGCCGGUGCUGUUCGUCAUCUACUCCAUGCACCAGGCUAGCAAGGAGGCGGGUGGUGCGCAGCCGGCCACGCCGUGCACGCGCGGGCGUCCCGAGGCCCCGUGCGCCCCGUGCUCCCUGCGCGCCCGCCGCGCGCGUCGCUGCUACCUGCUGAGCGUGGCUCUGCGCCUGCUCGCCGAGCUGGCCUUCCUGGGUGGCCAGGCGCUGCUCUACGGCUUCCGCGUGGCACCGCACUACGCGUGCGCCGGCCCGCCUUGCCCGCACAUCGUCGAUUGCUUCGUGAGCCGGCCCACAGAGAAGACGGUCUUCGUGGUCUUCUACUUCGCCGUCGGGCUGCUCUCGGCGCUACUCAGCGUAGCCGAGCUGGGCCACCUGCUCUGGAAGGGUCGCCAGCGCGCGAGGCUGCUCCCGCCGCCGCCACCGCCCUCUCUGCCUUCGCAGCGAGCAGACCCCGACCCCUUCGGCCCGCCCGCCUACGCGCACCGCGCACCGGCCAGCGACAGCGAGGGCGAGGGCGACAGCGGCCACAGCAAGGCUUCGCUGGCCACCGUGCGUCAGGACCUGGCCAUCUAGCGGCGAGGUCCGAGGCCGAACCUUCAGUAGCACUGGGGUCCUUGGAGGCAGAAGGGAGAAGUGGCUUCUCGCUGCGUAGGACCCUGCCUGAGCUGAAGAUGGGAAGAGGGAUACACCCCCACUCCCGGAGCAGAAGAUGCGGGACCACCGGGGUUCGGGUCGGGAUAGCGUCGCACUUCCUAAUGUUGGUUGCACCAGCGUGCUGGGAUUGCUUUGAAUCGGGGAGGCUGUGAUCCCAGCGGAAAGGGAGGAUGCCAGGGACCUUGAGAGGAAGCAAACAGGCCAAGGGCAAUGAGUGAUCUGAUGGUUCUACUGGGGGCAAAAUCAGCAACAAUGGCAGCAUUCCCAGGCCCCCUGCUUGGUCAGAGAAGUCCUUUUCCCAGUGGGCUCUCUGUGCACACAUACAUGCACACCUGGAUACGCUGCGGUGGGUUGGGUGCUCGUGCACAUUAAACCUCCGUGGGCUGUGUGUGUGCUUGCAUGUGUACACUCUCUGAGAGGUCCGUCCACACAUGCAUGUGCACACUUGUAUACACCUCACAGGUAACAGGAGGUACAGACCUGUGUUCACGCAUGCAU